AUGAGCAGCAGGAUGUUGAGGUCCGGAAUUCGAAGUGAAAGUUUUGAUUUGCCCGUUCCUUGUCGUCAUGGAAAAGAAAGGCAGAAAUUAGAAAGAGAUUAUUCCCCUGGAGCUUGUCCAGUACCAGCAGUACUAAAAAUCCAUCUCCUUCGCCGUUUCUACCUGGCGCUGCCGCCUUGCAUGCAAGCGAAGCGCUAUUGGCGGCAAUUAAUACUCACUGAGCGAUGA